UUGGCUACACAAAUGAGAAAGAGAAAUAUCUGCUGCUUUUUGGAUAAAGUCAUAAAACUAACAGCCAUGGUCGUUACACCUCACAGUGGCCAGUGCAGUUCUGAAACUGAGAGAGACCCAGUUCCAUAGGCUCCACCAAUGGAGGCUUUGAACCCAUCUCUACCCAAGACCCUUUGCUUCAAAUCCCAUCUUCUCCGUUCCACCUUCAAACCCCAGCUCGUCCCCUACAGCUCCAAAACUCAGAGUCUCAGCGGUUCAAGAGGUCUCUCAUUCACCUUCACUUGCAAGCUAAAGACCCCUCAAGAUGUCAACAACAAGGACAAGAGCGUAUCCAAGAAGAUUGUGCUGUCGGACGCGGCACCGCCGCUGGCGGAGGAGGGUGGUGGAGGAACUGGAAAUGGGAAGGUUCCGGCAAAGUCAGGGAGUGUAGGUGGUGUGAUGGGGUUGGUGAAGAGGUUCCCCAGAAGGGUUCUGACGAUUCUGUCUAAUCUGCCUUUAGCUAUUGGAGAAAUGUUCACUGUUGCUGCUCUAAUGGCCCUGGGUACUUUCAUUGAUCAAGGUGAAGCUCCAGACUUCUAUUUCCAAAAGUACCCUGAAGAAAAUCCUGUAUUGGGAUUCUUCACUUGGAGAUGGGUUCUCACCCUUGGGUUUGACCACAUGUACUCGUCCCCCAUUUUUCUUGGAACAUUAGUUCUCCUGGGUGCAUCACUGAUGGCCUGCACUUACACAACACAGAUCCCCCUGGUUAAGGUCGCAAGAAGAUGGAAUUUUGUAAGCUCUACUGAGGCUAUCCGCAAGCAGGAAUAUUCAGACAUUCUGCCCAGAGCAUCAAUUCAAGAUUUAGGUGUUAUUCUGAUGGGAGCUGGAUAUGAGGUAUUCUUGAAAGGGCCAUCCUUAUAUGCCUUUAAGGGGCUUGCUGGUCGAUUUGCCCCUAUUGGAGUACAUUUAGCAAUGCUACUGAUAAUGGCCGGUGGAACUCUUAGUGCAGUUGGGAGCUUCAGAGGUUUAGUCACAGUUCCACAGGGGCUGAAUUUUGUUGUUGGGGAUGUAUUAGGUCCAAGUGGAUUUCUCUCUACUCCAACUGAAGGUUUCAAUACCGAGGUUCAUGUCAACAGAUUCUACAUGGACUACUAUGACAGUGGAGAGGUAUCACAGUUUCACACUGAUCUUUCACUGUUUGACCUUGAUGGGAAGGAGGUAAUGAGGAAAACAAUUAGCGUAAAUGAUCCUUUAAGGUAUGGUGGGAUUACUAUAUACCAGACAGAUUGGAGUUUUUCAGCACUGCAAAUUCUUAAGGAUGAUGAAGGACCUUUUAAUCUGGCUAUGGCACCUCUAAAGCUCAACGGAGACAAGAAGCUUUUUGGGACCUUCUUACCUGUCGGAGAUGCUGAGUCUCCUAAUGUUAAGGGAAUAUCAAUGCUUGCUCGUGAUCUACAAUCAAUCGUCCUGUAUGAUCAGGAAGGAAAAUUUGUUGGAGUUCGACGGCCUAGCUCUAAGCUCCCAAUUGAUAUAGAUGGUACAAAAAUUGUUAUUGUAGAUGCAAUAGGUAGUAGUGGCCUUGACUUGAAGACUGACCCCGGGGUGCCAGUUGUUUAUGCUGGAUUUGGUGCUCUAAUGCUCACAACUUGCAUCAGUUAUCUGUCCCAUUCACAGAUUUGGGCCUUACAAGAUGGAACAACAGUUCUUGUUGGAGGAAAAACUAACCGAGCAAAGGGUGAAUUCCCAGAGGAGAUGAAUUGCUUGCUUGAUCGGGUCCCAGAAAUAGUUGAAUCAUCUCUUUCCAAGGAACCUGAUAGAAAUAGUGGCUAGUUUAUGAGACCUAGAGAUGGAAAGGAAGAUCGCUUGAAGUGAGAUGAUACAAUCUGAAUGUCCAGCUUAGCAAAGAAGGGCACCACUCAAUCCCAAGUUAAUUAUUUGACUCAACUUUGUCUCGGCAGCUGAAGUUGUCUUUCCAAGUGUAUAGUUGCAAGCAAUUUUCGGCUUGUAUUAGGGUUUCCAGGGCCAGGUUCCAAGCCACGAGAUUUUGUGCAGUCUUUCUUUCUCUUCCAAAUUGCAUAUUCACCAAUAAUCUCACCCACCCACCAUACAAGAUGUAAUAGUUGAGACUGUUAAAGAAAUAUGUCAUGAAUACACUAUCAUUCUUUAUAACCACUAGGUUUACACUUU